CUCUCUCUCUCUCUCUCUCAUUUAUUUAUUUCAACGUCUUCUCUGACGAUCCCACCCACAUUCUCAUUCACACACUCUCUCUCUCUCUCAAAUCAACAACAGCACAGCAUGGCAUCCAAACUUGCUUUCUUGUUGAUUCUCUCAAUCUACGCCGUCAAUUAUGGUGAUUCUGCCCAUCACGCGGCGGCCCCAGCACCGGCCGUCGACUGCACGAGUCUGAUAUUGGACAUGGCGGAUUGUCUCUCAUUUGUUUCAUCGGGAAGUACGGUGUCAAAACCGGCAGCGACAUGCUGUUCUGGACUUAAAACAGUGUUGAAGACUGAUGCAGAGUGCCUUUGUGAAGGGUUUAAGAAUAGUGCCUCUUUUGGUGUUACUCUGAAUGUCACAAAGGCCCUCACUCUCCCUGCUGCUUGCAAACUCUCUGCCCCCCCUGCCACCAACUGUAAUUUGUCUCUUUCUCCCGCUGGUGUACCUGGUGAGUCUCCAAGUGGUGCAGCUGCUGCUUCACCCGCAACGAAUGCAGGAGAAAAUGAGCAAGCCCCAGCACCAUCUCCAGGGGUCUCAGCUUCUUCAAUGCUCACCUUUUCACUUGGAUCCUUGAUGACAGGCUUAGCUUUUGCAUUGUUUUGCAGUUUUUGGGGUUGAGGAAUCAUUACUAUAUUACUAUUAUCAUUAUCAUGUGACUGGACAAUUAUGACAUGCUGUUAUUUUGUUACUUUCCUUUUGCUUUUGUUAUGUGGCUAAAGUAGAUAUGAAUCAUUUUGUCAUGCUUCACUUGAACCUUUUUAUGUUUUGAUUUGAUAUCUGAUGAACUUGAGAUCGUUUAAAUCUA